AAGAUGGCCGACGCGGCGGCCACUGCCGGGGCUGGCAGCUCCGGAACGAGAUCAGGAAGUAAACAGUCCACUAACCCUGCUGAUAACUACCAUCUGGCCCGAAGGCGAACCCUGCAAGUGGUUGUGAGCUCCCUGCUGACAGAGGCAGGGUUUGAGAGCGCUGAGAAAGCAUCUGUGGAAACAUUGACAGAGAUGCUGCAGAGCUACAUUUCAGAAAUUGGGAGGAGUGCCAAGUCUUACUGUGAGCACACAGCCAGGACGCAGCCCACACUGUCAGAUAUUGUGGUCACCCUUGUCGAGAUGGGUUUCAAUGUGGACACUCUCCCUGCUUAUGCAAAACGGUCUCAGAGGAUGGUCAUCACUGCCCCUCCAGUGACCAAUCAGCCGGUGACCCCCAAGGCCCUCACUGCAGGACAGAACCGACCCCACCCGCCACACAUCCCCAGCCAUUUUCCCGAGUUCCCCGACCCCCACACCUACAUCAAAACUCCGACGUACCGUGAGCCCGUGUCGGACUAUCAGGUCCUGCGGGAGAAGGCCGCAUCCCAGAGACGAGACGUGGAGCGGGCACUCACCCGUUUUAUGGCCAAGACUGGCGAGACCCAGAGUCUUUUCAAAGAUGACGUCAGCACGUUUCCCUUGAUUGCUGCCAGGCCUUUCACCAUCCCCUACCUGACCGCUCUUCUUCCGUCUGAGCUGGAGAUGCAACAAAUGGAGGAGACGGAUUCCUCGGAGCAGGAUGAGCAGACAGACACAGAGAACCUCCCUCUUCACAUCAACACGGAUGAUUCUGGAGCCGAGAAGGAGAACACCUCUGUCCUGCAGCAGAACCCUUCCUUGUCGGGGAGCCGGAACGGGGAGGAGAACAUCAUCGAUAACCCCUAUCUGCGGCCUGUGAAGAAACCCAAGAUCCGCAGGAAGAAAACCUCCUUACUUCUCACCUCACCUGGGCUCCACGUGCCCUGUCGGGCUGAUCGAAGGUGACUUUCCCUCCUUUAACAUGUUGGAAACAGGAGGCCCACCCAUCGCAGCCUCGGUCUGGGGCCGGCAGGAGUCAGGAGGCAUAAGCAGAUGCGUGUGGAGUAGAAUGAAAGGCAGUACUGACUCUCUCAUCAGCAUCUGAUGAAAGCUUCCUAAAGCAGGGCAGCGCCCUCUCCUGAGAGGUUUAUCAUUUACUGUCCCUCUGUGGAGCGUGUGCUUGGGAACAACCAAGUUCUGCCCCAUCCUGGGAAAAGAGAUUUUCUUUGACAAGAGCCUACAUCAGUGGAUAUAUUACGCUGUGAUUUGAUGGAGGAAUCACUGGUUUUAUGCAGUAGGAAAAGGAUUUGCUGGGGCUGGGAGGUGGCGGGGAUGAGAUUUUGAAGGCCGGGCUUAGCCUCAUGUUCUGAAAGCUGAGAAACCUGUUCGGUCUGCUGGAAGUUGGAGUGGAUGGAAGGCCAUGUGCCCACCUUAUGGCAGAAGUGGGCCAAGAAGAGCCUGCAGGUCUGAAUCUGUCCAGCCUCUUUGCCUCUUUAUCCUUGAUGUGCCCUACAAACCAAAAAAGAAAGAUGCUGGGCAAGCUGAUACCUUUUGACUGUUCUCCAAAGGAAGAGGUUUUAAAACCAAGUUGGAGGAAGAGAAAUGCCAGUGACACCUGGAGGUUAACACAGGGUAAAGGAGGAGAUCCUGGGUUAGUGUCCUAAGGUCCAUGCUGAGCUCUCCUGAUACUCGGCUUCCACAGUCAUCUCUUAACCUUCUGUCCUCUUGGUGAAUUUGAAAACUCGAAAAACCUGGUGACUUGACAGCAGGCUCCAUGUUCCUCUGGCCUCACUGUUCUCUAAGCAUUUCAUCCCACUGGCUGGAAGGAAAGUGCUGCUCGUCAGCAACUGAAGAGAGGAUACUGAGUGAGAAAAUCGGAUUCCCCAGCUCUGGACCAAAUAAGAGUUUUUCCGGUUUGUAGUGACCUGAAACUCUUCCAGUUGAAAGUCAGAUCGGGCCUGUGCUGACCCCCUCUGAACUUGCCAUUUGGCUCUUGGUGAUUCUUGGCCUGUUGAGUUUAAAUAUAGUUCCAGGUUUGAGCCAUGGCAGAUGCAGGGCUGAAACUUUCCCGGCUUGCUGUUCUCACCCGCUCCCGGGAGCAGUCAUCCCAGCAAUUCCUCCUGCUACUAUCCCAAACAAGCACCUGUUGAGUGCUGUAACACUAAGGGAUGAGGUGGGAUUUGGAAAAGAAUUGCCCUUUCUGCUGUUGAGAUUUCAGAGGCCUUGCUGCUGUAAUUCUGUUCUGCAUGAGACACUGGGAGAUGGUCGGACAACCUGAAACAUUGACCUGACUAUCGUGUAAAAACUGUGCAUAAUCCUCAAUGGAUAUUUAUAAGUUUUUAUUUUUUAUAACUUUGGGGGAAUCAUGGAGGGAAAAAGUAGUCAACAGAGCCAGAUUAAGCAUGUGAUUUAUGAGCUCUUAAUAAAAGGUCAUAAUAAAAACUUUGUAAAUGAAACAGAA